UCAAUCAUUAUCCAAACUCGUUCAAAACAAAAAAACAAAAAAUUCAUCAUACAAACUUUCGAUGUAUAAAUAUAUACGUAUCAGCAACUAGUUCAAAUCAUCAUCUACAAACUAUAAUAAAAUCAAAUCGAGAGAGAAAGAGAAUGAGUUUCCUUGCAUGGAGAUUGGCGGGCACAGAGGGUGCGUUGAACCCUCUCCGGGCUUACAGUUCUCUGCCUCAAGUCACUUUUGGCCCGAAAAGAUUGAAGUUACACAAUACAGACAACUCUGUUUCUGCGUCGGCUGCCAAUGAAUUGCGCCAUGACAGAAACCCUGUUAAUGCUGAGAAGUUGAAGACUGCACCCGUAGGGCUAUCCAGAGAUGUGAAGGUAUUUGCUGUUGCUACUGCUGCUGUCAUUGAAGGUGCCACCUAUAUUUUUGGACUGUCAGCGUCCAAAAUAGAGGUGCAAAAUAGUGAAGACAUCAAAGCUAAAGGGAAAGAACUGGUUCAGCCAAAAAUGGAGAUGCUCAGGGAGCAAUUGACCCCCUUAAAAAAUUGGGUAGGAGACAAGCAGAAGAAAUGGCAUUGGGAAAGAGAGAGAACUAUCAAAGAGAAACCUAUAGGAAAGGAGCUUUCCAGGACUAUGGGUCCUAAGACUCCACCAAAUUAAUUAGGUGUGAAUCAGUUUCCAUAAAUAAUGCAUGUAAGUAUGGUUUGAAAUGAUUUGUUGUUUGUUGUUGUACAAGUUGCUUGCUAGGAUUGCUGUUUUUUUAUUUGGAAGUGAUUUGUGUAAUUGAUUUUGAGACUAAUAAUUGGAGGGAUCAUCUUUUACCCUUGUGGCA